ACCAACAGGGGGGUGGCGGUGGUCGGGUCCAGGCACUACGCUCCAGCCUGGAGAGGUUCAACCAUAUCUGUCUUUACUCUCAUUUUAAUCAUCUCAUCUUUUAAUCCCUUUAGUCCCACAGCGUCUGUCUCCACACAGAACGGGUUGGCUGUUUGGAAAUGAAGCUGUGUCUUCUUCUUCUCUUGCUUUGUCUCUGCCGCCUGGGACUGACUGAGCCCACUCCAGCGCCUUCUGAUGUUUCCGACAUUGUAGAUGAAAAGGAGGAGACAAAGGUUCACAUCUGUGGAGGAGCGAUCAGCCCCGAGGAGCACCGAGCGAUAGGAGGCGCCAUUGAGCGACUGGGAUUAAAGCUCUUGGAGAAUCUUCCCAUUGGGCCACAGCAGCCAAACGUCAUCAUCUCACCUCUCAGCCUGGCCUUUGCCCUCGCUCACCUCACAUUAGGUGCUCGCAACGAAACAGAAAAGCUGCUGCUUCAGAGCCUCCAUGCCCACAGUCUUCCCUGUUACCAUCAUGUACUGGGAAGCCUCAUACCUCAUUUCAGCCACACAUCACUUGAGUUGGCAACACGGAUGUACCUGAAGAAAGGAUUUAAAGUGAAGUUGUCCUUUGCUGAAGAGUCUCUGGCCAGGUACCAAUCACGGCCUGUUCCUCUGGUCUCUGUGGAGGAGGUCAACCAGUGGGUGGAGAAUGCCACCAAUGGUCACAUUCCAAACUUUCUGGAAAGCAUUCCACAUGAUGUGGUGCUAAUGCUCAUGAACGCCGUUUACUUCAAAGGUGAAUGGCGGACCCAGUUUGACCCCCAAGCGACGUCCAAGGGAGUUUUCUACAUAGAUGAUGAGAACUCGGUCUCAGUGGACAUGAUGAAGUCUGCUCAGUACCCUCUACGCCUACUGGACGACGUAGAACUGGAAGCACAGGUUGCCAGUUUUCCUUUUAAGGGGAACACCAGCUUCUUGAUCGUCCUACCCAGAGGAAAUGUGUCGCUAGUGCUCCCCAGACUGAACAUCUCUGACCUCUACAGACGACUACCUCAGGAGAAAACAAUGCAGGUCAACCUACCCAAGGUGAAGCUGCAGUACCGCCAGGAGCUUCAGGAGGCGCUGACCAGCAUGGGUCUCGGUUCUCUCUUCUCUGCUCCUAACCUCACGGGGAUUUCGGACCAGCCCCUCCGGGUGGCGGCGGUGCGCCAUGCCACCACUGUGGAGCUCAGUGAGGAAGGCGUCGAGUCCUCCGCCACCACCGUUGUGACGACCACACGGUCCAUCUCCAUCUUUUCCGUCAGCUCACCGUUCCUCUUUGCCCUCAUUGACGACGUGUCCCUGACUCCGCUCUUCAUGGGCGUGGUCACAAACCCCGCCCCCAACAAUGAGCCCAUGCUUAAUGAUGAGCCCCAACGCAAUGGCACCUUAAGUGAUUUGGAUAACAACAGGUUACGCGAGGCCAAGCCAGCAGAGGGCAGCACUGGGCCUCCAUGCAGCGCCUCCACCACUGAGAAGAAACAGGACCAGACAGAUGGCAGCGAAACCUGCUCCAAACCACAAGACUGGGUUCCUAUCUGAGUUGGAAAUCUGAUCGGCGAGUUAGAUAAGAACGCCCCUUUCAUAUCUGUCAGAUGAAUACAGUGUUAGCUUAGCAUAAAGACUGGAAUACAUAACCCUCAAGAAGCACCUCUACCAUUCACCAAUAAACACUUUGCUCCUCGUCUGUUUGUCUUUUCUACACCGAAUAUUUCCCAAACGUCUCCUUUCAAGGAAAUUCAGACAUGAUAAUAAUAAAACAUAAAUACAGA